AUGUCUGUCUCCUCAAACCACUCAACUCUUGACUUGUACUGCAGUGAGGCAAUAACUAGCGAUGUGGUUCACUUGGAUUCUGAUGCGGGUUUGAAUGUUCUAUUCGGGGAAUCCGAUGAUGGUGAUGAAAGCUAUCUCUUGAGCUUAUUAGACUCCGAACUUGAUCAUGUACAGAUAAAAACAAAGACACUAGGACAACUUCGCAAAAAAACAUGGCUGAGGAAUGCUCGAGAAGAAGCCAUAAAUUGGAUCCUAAAGGUGCAUGCAUACUACAGUUUUAGACCUGAGACAGCAUAUCUUUCUAUAAAUUAUCUUGACCGUUUCCUUUUGUCACACACCUUGAAGCAAGAAAAAACGUGGCCUCUGCAGCUGUUGUCAGUUGCUUGCCUAGCAUUGGCAGCAAAAAUGGAAGAAACAAAAGUGCCACUUCUAUUGGACCUUCAGAUGAUAGAGCCCGGGUUUCUGUUUAAGCCUAAAACAGUUCAAAGGAUGGAGCUUUUGGUUAUGGCCAGUCUCAAGUGGCGAUUGCGCAUUAUAACCCCUUUUGAUUUUGCCCAUCUUUUCAUUUCUAAGCUUUCAUGCUCUGCUUCCACAUUGGGAGACUUAAAUUGUAUUGUUUCUCGUGUCUCAGAUGUUAUUAUCAGAACAUGUUUAGUAAUGGAUUUCUUAGAGUUUUCGCCGUCCACAAUAGCAGCAGCUGCAGUGUUUUGGGUUACCAAUCAACAUGUUAAUAUCCAGAAAUCAGGCUGCUUCCACAAUAAUAUAAGCAUUGAGAUGGUGCAGAAAUGUUACAACCUUAUGAAGUUGAAACAGAUCAUUCGCCGAUCAGAACACUUUUUGCCAAAGACACUACAAUUAGUUCCCCCAAGUCCUACUUGUGUGCUUGAUCAUGCAGCUAUGCUAGAGAGCAUCGAUGCUCACAAGCCCUGACUUCAAUCUUGUGAUGAAUUACUACCCAAGGAAGUUAAAACAUUUCUUUCAAAUUGUCCAUUCCUGAUUCAUUAUAAUUUCUUUGAAUUGGUGUGAUUGUGUGUGAGUCUUCAAUAAGGUUCAUCAUGGAAAAUUCCAAUUAGAA